UAGCUACACCGCAUUCAGGUCAGCCAAGAUGGCGGCGCCCUGUUGCACCCUUGACAGCUUGGCUGUUUAAAUGGUUUGAUCACCUUAUAAGAUGAUUUGCUCGCCGUGUUCGCACACCUUAAUGUAAUCUGCAAGGAUGACUCAAGGCAUAAGAGGCAAGGCCUGCAGAAAAUCUGCGACGGCAAAAGCGGCCUUCAACGGCAAUGCAGUCGCGUCAUCGUCGAAACUACCGUGCGAAAAUGUCAGGGGCGAGCCGCUGGACUUUUGUGCCAUUAACUACGGCAAAAACUUAGUCCAGGAAUAUAUAUUCCGACACCAAGCCUUCAACACUAAGCGAUGGCUUGUCUUAACGCCCGUUUUUCUCUUAUGUUUUCUCCACUGCGGGCUCCAUACGAGAGGAGUCGACAUUCUCAGCCUAUCUCUCAUAGUGUUGUGUCUACUCCUGGUUGUGAAGCUUCGGCGCCGCGUGAAAGAAGAGUCUCUUCUGGUGAUGAGGUCGCUAGGUCUGCAGACCACGACGACAUUCGUGACCGGAAGGCAGGAGUCGCGGUUCAUCAACAGUGAAAACAUUGAAGACGUUGUGAUUUCGGAAGCCAUAUCCAUGCACAGUGUCAUCUUUUACUUGGUUAUAUUGCUGCACAACGUAGAUUCCAAGGUUCCCAGCCUGGUGCCUUUAUUCCAAAACACCAUGCCGAGGCUGGAUGCCCUGAAGAUGGUUUACCGUGGCAUCCACGACUCAUCUUGGAGCCUGCAGCAGUGACACCGCACAUGGGUGCAAUAAUCGUAACUGCCACCGUUACCUUUUGCUGGCAACCCGCUGUUGACCAAGUCUGUCAGCGCCUUGCAACCACUUACCAUAUUGACUUAUGUGUUGAUCGUUUUACCAUUUUGGGGGCACUGGUCACUGUAGCCACCCUAGAUGCCGCUCGGGAUCAGUGAUGUCCCAUCCUUCUUAUUUACUUAUUUAUAAAAAGCCCAUCCUUUUAGAGUUGUGAAAUUGCCAAGUUUUUAAUCUAGCUUUUUAUGUAACGAACUGGAGAUGUUCACAGGCUUUUUGUGUCUGGAACAAACUUGCAACAUAUCGCUUGUGUGUGUACUGUCCACCUUGUAGCAGAAGGGGCCGCUUCAGCAUGCCAAUUAAAAAGCAGGAAGCUUGAAUCGCCACUCAGCUGUAGAAAGCUUAGUCUUACCGUAAACAGGUACUGACGUUGAAAUUUUAGCUUUGCUGCCUGGUAACUCAUUACAUAUCAUGAACCACACUGUCAAAUUAUCGAGCAUCAUUUUCACUUACUACUUUUCUGUCUUUUUUUUUUUUUGUUUACUGAUGUUUUCAAUUGCUGAAUGCAUUAAUUUGCAGCCCUGUGUAGACAUUUGUGAUGGUAGAUUGUGUAGUAUUUGAUAAUGGGGACAUCUUACUUCACAUUCUGUAGAGCUCUUGAGACCACAACUUGCACAUUUGUAUUCUGUGCGCAGUAUGGUAAUCAAAACACACUUCAUAGCCUGUGUGUCUUCUUUGGUUCACUGUUUUGAAGAACUGAAAGUACAUUGUAAAAGCUCACGUUAUAAGCUAACUGUGGUAAAUUGGUGAACUGAGCAUCGCAAUUUAUGAUAAGUAAUUAGGGGCCCUCCACGGUGGCUCAGUGGCUAAGGCGUUGCGCUACUGAGCACGGCGGCCGCAUUUCGAUGUAGACAAAAUGCAAAAACGCCCGUGUGCCUCAUAAUCAGAACUGCUUUGGCACGUAAAACCCCAGAAAGAAGAAGAUAAGUGAUUAUGAUAAUAAAUGGUUAUGUCACGAGGCAUGGCAGAGCAGGGUGUUCUGGAAUAAUCAUAACCACUUGGGGUUCUUUAAUGUGCACAUAAAUCUAAAUACACAAAUGUUCUUCCAUUCUGCCCCCAUCCAUUGCAGCCAAGAUUUGAACCUGCUGUUUUGCACCCAUGGCUGAACCCAUAGUACCCGAACAGCAGUGGCGGGUAUGAUGAAUGAUUGCACGCAAGGCAAUCCAGAGAAGGAGAAAGAUCGCUAUUAAUGUUUUCAAAUGGUCACUACAGGCAAACACUUAAGCCUAGAUAGGGUGUAGAUACCCUAUUUACUCAAUCAUAGUGCACACCUGAUCUUUCUUGGUCAGAAAUGGAAAGUGCAAUCAAUGCUCUCGAUUGUAACUACUCACCGAUUUUCAUAUUAAAAAAAGAAAAUCUGAAAUCCAAUACCUUUGCUCUCACCCUAUUUUCAUGGUAAGAGAGAGGAGUGACAAUUUGUUCUCACUUCGAGAAAUAAAAUUUAGAGCUCCAUUCUGAAGGCACUGGAUUUGCACUUUACAUGCCAGCUAUGGGUGGUGUCCCAAUGAUGACAAGCACAAACUUCCGGUGCUCCCAGUAUGGCAAAAUGUGACCUUUGAAAUUGGAAGGUGGCAUUCGAGAUUUGGGGGUGUUACUUUGAUGCUACUAAAUGCAGUUUUAAUUUCUCGAUUCUAACACACAUGUCAUACUUUAGUGAAUUUUGCUGAAGAAAGAAAAAAAAACAUUGCACGUUCAAAUUGGGCCAAUGCAGUAAUUCUCCUGAAAAUCAUUAUGCACUUGUGUUGUGCCAAGAGAUGACUCGAGUUAUAGAGAGAAUUGUAAUGGACCCGCUGCGGUAGCUGGUUAUGACGUGCUGCUGAGCUGAAUGUUGCGCGUUCAAGCUUGGCUGCAUUUCGAUAAGUGAAUGAAAAAAAAAAUAUAUGCAUAUUUAUUUGAAUACAUAGCUGGAUGUUGAAGGGACACUAAAGAGGAGAAAAAAUAACUUGAGCUGUAAUAAUGAAAAACCCGUCCACAAUGCCAAAAAUGUCACUCUUACCAUUAGAAAAGGCUUGGUGCAACAAUAAAAGACACAAAAAGGAAAGAUGGGCAGCGACACUGCCUUCAAGUUCCCGCACCAACUAGGCGUGGCAUCAUGGAUUUGGACGGCAUCUGCUAAGCCGUAGUUAAUUGAUCUUUUUUGGCAUUGUGUUCUAAAAGAGCCAAAGACUGAACUUGGCAAGGUUCGAGAACUUUUGCUAGUCACACUGAUAGUUUGAAAAUCCGGGACACCACACUGCCAUACAGGUGAUGGGGUUAUGGAAGAAUGAAACUUUGACCUUCAUUUCCGCUUGUAAUAAUGAACCUUUUACCAGGAAAUAAAAAAAAAGGGGGGGGGGGGAUUGAAGUAUACUUUAUCAGUUUAAGCUAAUUAAGUAUUUCAUUGAGUCCCCUGCUACGGCGUGCUUCCUAAACCUGUCGUUUUCUUUUUUUAAUUAUUGUGUGUAGACUGUUACUGUUGAACACGCUCUUUUUGUGGGAACCUCAGAAUAGCAACUACUUGAGCCAUUUUGUGCAUGGGUUACACAUGGGUAAAAAAAUAGCGAAGACGGGACACCACGAAAUAUGAACAGGAUGGCAGGACAGUGCAUUGUUCUGUCCAUUUUUUCAGUGUCCCACAUUAACAGUGUUUGCUUUUGUGUUUCUGUAGGCAUCCUGCAUUAUAAAAUGCCAUAACUUAGAAGACACUUGUGUGCGUAUUUUGCCAGGACAUUACUUCCGAAUUUGUGCCCAGUAUUUUAAUUUAUUGUGUACCGCCUGAAAGGCUUACAAGACAUUUUGAUGUGAAGUUUUAGAUCUUGUAGAGUUAUCUAUCUGUUGAGAUGCUGGUUUCUCUUCUGUGAUGUAAAUGAGGUGAAAGUAUGAAACAUAUUCGGCUUUGUUUUUUUAUUUUUAUACUCUUGCAGAACUGCGCAACCCUUGUCAGUUUAACGAAUGUUUUGCGUCUCUUCAUGCUAUCCACUUCGACAUCUUGUCAAGAACUGUUGCAACGCCCCUGAAAAAAGAAGAGUAAAAGACCACAGCACUUACUCUGUUAUGCAAAGAUUUUACAAAGGCUCAUACUUAAUAGGUACACUUACAAACAUAAGGCUGAAUAUGUAAUCAAUCACACAAGUUUUGUGGACACAAGAACUGCGAAAAAGCAAAACUUUGUAAACAGCUUGUACCUGCAAGCUGCGAAUUUGAAGAUGUAUCAGUGGCCCUGCGCACAUUACUGUCACCUCAUUUUGACGCCUGAUUUUCCUCUAGAAACAUUCAUCGCGAGAUGGAUUCUGCCAUGAUUCUUUGUAUUCCGAGAAGUUCUGUGAGCCGUGGCCUGCAUUGUUUGCUCCGAUCAGUACUGCUGGGUGAUUGGCUUCGAGGAUUGGAUUAGAAGUGAAACUCAAAUGGAAUGGGAGUUGCAGCGAAAGUAGAAUGCAGAUACUAUUUAGGCAUCAUUUCAGCGAAGACAGCUGAUCAAUGUGCUUAGUGACAUGUUUACUGAUGAAUCAUUCAAUUGGUCCACUUGUCAUAAUGUCCCAAAAUCACCACGCUGUAGAACUUCAAAUUAAUUCAAAAUGCAAAAUUUUUUUAACAUCAGCCAAAAUUUUGGUGCAUGAUUUUUUUUUUUUUCAUUUGCAAUGUGGAUUAGUUUAUAUAUAACAGCGUUUCUAUUUUGAAUGCUGCAAACAAAUAGUGCUGAAAUGUACUCAACACCCAUAUUCUAAAGCAUUGUAAGGCACUGAGGGGCCUGGAACCUUUUUCUGUAACAAUUUUAUUUUUCCUAUAGUUUUGCCCUUCAUUAGAUCACAUGAAGCAGCAAUCCCGCUAUUGCGGUGAUCAGCCAUUUGGCGAGAUGGAAUGAAUAGAAUCAGAAGAAAAUUCUCAUCAAAUACAGCCUCUGUAUUAAAUCCUCAAUAUCGUAGAAUGAUCUAUUUGCUCAAAAGACUAGCUUUUGUCAUUUUCUCAUAAUGAACCUGCUGGAAAAGGUGACUGGAUGUCUCAAAGAAUGCAUUUUUCCAUGUGUGUAAAAAUGUCUUCAGUAGAACUCUGCUGCAGCUCUUAAAAUUAGAUAGUUAACACUGUAUGUUGCUCUCCUUUCAUCCUGAUAAUGCUGUUUCUCAUAUCUGGACAAACCACUUAGCCAGGAUUGCUACUUUGUUCUUGACAUUUUUUUUUUCUUUUUUUGUUGUUGUGUGGUAUUCAUUUGUUUGUUCCACUAGGCAGGAAUCACAAUGGAUGGAAUGUAAGCACUUUGUUUUGUUGCUCAGGCCCACAUCAUAAUGUGACAUUGUGGGCUUGAGCGACUUUUGAGGCAUUCCUGAGAGAAAUCUUUUGCAGCUGUGUAGUGGAACAGUGCUGUGGCAUGUUGCAUCAGAAAGUAUUUUCAAAAGUACACACCCUAACAUGCAUUCUGUGCAUGUUAUUAGCGUGUGUUUUAUUUUUAUGCAUGCACUCUGGAUUUGCAUCUCUUUGGCCUGUCUCAAAGGUUGGUCUUGUUAAAAAAAAAAUUUUUAUGAAUACAAAAAGACAUUAAAAGAGUUUGGCUCAUGUUUUAUGUCAACAAUGACAAGAUGUAUGAUGAGUAUUAAUAUAGUGAUAUUUUGUAUUUUGUUGUUUUGCUUUCAGUGAUAAAAUAUAAGUAGUAGAUCAUCAAUGUCGUGGGUACCUGACCAAAUGUUGAUUGUAGAUUUGUAUUAAAUGUUGUUCCAAUUAAGA